AUGGUCAUCGUCACAGCCUGGGGCUUUAUCAACUCCUUCCGCAAGAUCUUUCUCGUAAAUUCUAUCAAUCCUAACCUUUCUCUCAAUCAAGAAACCCUAACCUUUCUCUCUAGUCACGAGCCAGUAAUCGCGGCAAAGAAGAUCAACAACAAAGACCAACUGGUUCGAUUUCUCCCUAAAACCGGUACAACUUCUCCUAAAUCCGACUUCACUUCCCUCUCUGAGUUUUUUUUCUCCGUAAUCGAUGCAUCCACCAAGUUUGAAUUCGCUACGUUUUCAUCUCUUAAAACACACGUCAUCAACAAAGUCCAAGAAGAAUUCAUUAACAAUGGUGGUCCUGGCGAAGGCAUCCUCAGCGAACUUCAAGGAUUAUGGGAGUUGAAGAUGAUGCAAGCUGGGGCUAUAGUGGGUCCGAUUGACAGAUCUGUUGUCACCAAGUCGAUGGCCCCUGGGGCUACAUCGAACACUGUUCAUGAUCUUAAUGUUCCAUAUGAAGGGCUGGAAGAGUAUGAAACUCCCACCGUUGAUUUACUUUUCCCUCCGACACCAUUGCAGAAUCCAAUGCAAACACCUUUGCCUGUUCAAACACCAUUACCAGGAACAGCUCCAACACCUUUACCAGGGACCAUGGACAACUACAAUAUACCUACUAGAGGUACCCCCAUUACCCCAAGUGUUUAUCCUUCUAUAAACGAGAAUGGAGUUUCAGAUGGAAAAUCUGGGAGGCCUAACACAUACAUGGCAAGUGCAUCUUUCUUAUCCUCUUCAUUGCUUUGUGUAGAAUCAUUCCAUUAUUAUAUUACAUUGAGGUUAUACAUUAAAGUUUUAUUUUCUGUACAACAACCACCAUCUCCUUGGUUGAACCAAAGGCCCCCUCUUGAUGUGAAUGUUGUUAUAAAUGGAAGUGUUGUUAAUUACUGGGCUUGUAUCAACUUCUCAAGAACUGUUCCAGAUAGUGCUGCUCAAAGUUUUUGUCAUCAGUUGGUCCAAAUGUGCCAGGAAUCUGGUAUGGAAUUUAAAAGUGAAAGUGUGGUUCCAGUCUACUCUGCAACACCAGAUUAG